ACCGGCUCCUUGCUUGGCAACGAACUUAAAUCAAAACGCAUAGUUAUGUUGUUGAUGUUGGUCACACCCUGUCCUGAUUCCUCCAUUCCUCAUAACUAAAAUCAGGAGAUGUGAAGAGGGUGUGCGCUCUGUGGGCGGAGGCACUUCAGGGUGUGAUUAAGGUGUCAAACAUUCUCAAACGAGAGCGAUCCAGAGAGUGAGCUCAGUGUUUCAGAUCUGACUUUGCAGAGCGAGCAGCACACCUGUGAUCCCCUGAGGUAAGUCUGUUUGUUGUUGUUUUUUUGUGCUUUGCUGAGAUUCGAUCACCUUUGGUUGCGUUUAAAGCUGCACACCUGUCAUUUUUCCGGUCAGCAGCUCUGUGCUUUCUUGCAGACUUUCUCGGCAACAUGAGUGAAUCAGCUGAAGCAAUAGCGGCUCAACUCGGCAGCCGACGAAAUGUGACGAUCGAGAUCACCAACAACACCACCAACUAUGUCCUCAUCGACCCAGAGUAGGUGCAAAAACCUCAAGAUUAAGUCUAAGAUUCAAAGCAAAGAGUGCAAAAUCAAAUAUUAAAAAAGAUGCACCCCUUCAUGUUCAGGUUUUGACUUUGGUCUCCUUUUAUUUCCCCUUCUCUGAAAGGAUUCACAUGGACAGUGGCCAUUGUCACAUCCCACCCACACCCACUCUGGCGCCAUCGUCAACCGAGCUCUGCAACUUCUCUAAAACCAGUGCCAAAACCUCCGGUGCAGUGGGCGUCCUGGCCUACAAUGUGGUGGAAAUGCGGAGCAACAGGGAGAUGGCAAAAUUAGCCAUAAUGUUCUCUGUGCCCUACGACCGAAACGUGUACAAAAACUGGUUUGGUUUCGGGGUCUUCAGCACAGAGACGGAGGUGAAUAAGGCGAUGUUUGAGAUGAUGUACUACAAAGAGUCGGAGAAGGAAUAUGCAAGACUGGAGGGCACAGGCAGCAAUCUCACAUUCCAGCACCCUGCCCUGGAUAUCAUGGGGACCAUGUCCCCUCUGGGCAAGUCGAUUAUGAAGGUGGAGAUCUGGGAGAAGUUGUUCCAUCCUGCCAUAUCUCAAAGCCCUUACUAAGCCAGUCACUCAGAGUCACUCAGUGAAAUGAAAUAAGAGUGAGUAGUUUUUUGUAUACUACCUGUGCUACUGUACCACCUGUUCAUGCAAUAAAUCAAACCUGAAACACACCCAGAACUGUCUCUGUGAUCAUUAGAGAU